CGCAAGGACGUUGUCUGAAAAAAAGGUGUUCAUCACGCUGCCAAACCUCUAAUAUAAAAAAUUGCAAAACCGUAACAGAAGCAGAUAGGAGAGAGAUAUUUACUAAUUUUUGGACAAACAUGAACAACAUGGGAUGAAAGGCGUGUAUAUGUAAACUCGCUUAUAAAUGCUAAAGCAGUGGAGGAACCUACACUUGAAAAAUGGAAAACCAAGUAGAAGAACUCGAACCCUCACAUACCAUCUAAGAAUUAAUGAAGAGCGUAUUGUCGUAUGUAAACAACUAUUUUUGUCAACUCUUGGACUAGGGGAGCAGACAGUAUAUCAAUGGAUAGAACAGUCAAUAUCGGGUGUACCAGAUAGAUCAGCUGAGAAAAAGCAGAAGCAGUCAGAUACAAGAAAGAAAGCUCAAGAAGAAAGACACGGCCAGCUACGUAUGAGUGUCAAGCAAUUUCUUGAAAGCAUCCCUAGAAUGGAAUCUCAUUAUUGCCGUUCAUCGACUUCGAAGACCUACCUUGAACCUGUAUUUAACUCUCUGACCUGCUUGUAUAAAGAAUACGUGAAACAUUGUAAUGAAAGGGUAUGUGCGAGUCGUAGAGUAUUUACCGAAGUUUUUCGAGAGCCUAAAUAUUGGUCUAUUUGUGCCAAAAAAAGGACCAGUGUGAUAUCUGUGUAG